AUGGCCCUCACACAAUUCCCUCCUCUCCUUUCCGAGGACGAUUUACAGAAAUAUAAAGUUCCCUUGAAGUGGAGAGAUAGAUGUGCCGCCUACUUUGCCCUUUACCAGACGUGUCUCUUCAGGCAAAGUGCCAACGGGUCGGUGGACUGCCAUCACGACAAGCACGUGUGGGAGGAGUGUGAAAUCAUGGACUUGAACAGAAGAAAAGCCGAGUUGAAGGAUGUGAAAGAGAAGUUAAAGGCCGAAAACGACUUGUGA